CCAAAAACAAAGACAAGCGUCACAUUUUCUGCAGGAAUACCCAAGAAACACGAUCGAACCAUUCGAACCAGUCAGAAAAUGUAUCUGGCGUCGUCAACUGGGGGACGCAGACGCUGAAGCGGCUUUUCUGCACAAUUAUUUUCAAUAUUUUGUCCUUCAUUCGUCCUGUGGAUUUCAGCCGGUCAGAUAUCUUAGGAAAAUACGUUUGCCGAAUUUUGUCUGCAGCCAGGAAAAUCCUUUUGCACGAUGUCUUUCCCAUGGUCAAAAUUUGAUACGCACGGAGGGGUGCAGAUUGCGAACGCAUUGGAAAAUACUGAAGUUCCUGCCACCAUGACUGACCCAGAGAAUUUGAGGGAGAUGGGAAACAAGUUUUUCAAGCUGGGCGACUACUGGAAAGCUAUUUCAUUCUACACCAAGAGUCUGGUCAAAGCUGCAGCCGGCAGCAAAGAGCGCGGCCUGGCCUACGCCAACAGGAGCGCCGUCCUGCUGUCCCUGGGCUACUACGACGAGUGCAUCAGCGACGCCAAAAUUGCCUUGCAGAACAACUACCCUGAUAGUUUGGUCUACAAAUUGCGUAUGAGGAUGGCCAUCUGCCAUAAAGCGCUGGGUCGAGAAGUUGAGGCUCAAGAGAAUCUGAAUGCAGCCAUCGAGAUGGUCAAGAAACAAGAAAUGAAGUCUGAAGUGGAAGAAGAGACCAUUAGAAGCCUGAUUGGGCAGUUUGCAGAACCCUACAAGCUGAAAAUGCCAAGGUUUCGAGUUGAGCACCUUGAACUUCCUUUGCUGAGCUACGGACAAAAUCCUCAGAAUUCGACAAUUUCUGCUGCUCUUACCAUCAAACAGGAAGGCCAAAAUGCAUCAUUGGUAGCUAACAGGAGAAUCAAUGCUGGUGACGUUCUCAUUAUUGAGGAACCAAAACUCUCUUUUAAUAAUUCCUUAGAGAAUGGAGGUACUCCAAGCUGGAUUCACUGCUGUGAGUGCCUGAGGAUCUGCUUAAAUCUGCAGCCUUCCAAUACUUGCUCCCAGACCGUGUUCUGCAGUGAGAGCUGUGCAUCGCAGGCUUGGGAAAAUUGGCACAAGAAUGAGUGCAUUGCGAAGAACAAGAUCAUCAAUGACCUACUAAAUGGAAAGAUUGGCGAGAACUUUGCAAUCAAACUGGAAAGUUUUAGCGAUUUGAUCCACAACGUCAAUUUUUGUUUUGCAAUAAUUUCCUACUACGGUCUUGACGCCUGCACCAAAUUUGAAGCCAGGGACGAAGCCUCUGCCAACACGACCAAUCACCUAGGGAUUCUGUCGAAAAUCAAAGAGUGCAAUGUUAGUAUCCGCUUGAGCAGUUCUUUCGCCUGCAUUGCCGCUGUGAGGAUGGUUGUGAGCAGCUUUGACAUUUCUCUUGCAAAAAGGUGGGCGCUGCUGAGGUUCUUGAUGAAAGCUGCAAGGAUUGCGUUUGGGAACCUGAGCCCCUUCUUGGUGGCCACGCUGUUGCAAAUGAACAAUGAACUCUGCGUGUGUCCUAAUUACAGACCGACAAUUGGCGCCGGACUGUUCGAAGGUCCAAUUUUCUUGACAACAAGUUGUGAUCCCAACACAAUCAUUCACUUCUAUCAGAAAAAAAUGGUGAUCAGAGCAUCAAGACUAAUUUUAAUUGGAGAAGAAAUUUCAAACCAACUUGGAGUGGAGUACCCUAUGCUUCCUCUUGAAAAACGACGCCAGUGGUAUUCUGAAUAUGUUGGCCCGUCAUUCGAGUGUAAGUGUAGAGCCUGCAGAGAAAAUUGGCCGACAUCUGAUGCGAUGAUCGAGUGCCACAAGUUUGUGAUGAAAAAUUGUAUUUACAAGACACACCUCAGGCCACAGUUUCAGUCCAAAAUUGUCGAGCCCAUCAACAGGGCAGGGGGCAAAAUGCCACUUUCCAUGUUAACACCUGAGAACCUGGAACUUUGCCAGCAAAUCCAGGUGUUGUACAUCAACCAACGUUAUGAUGAUCUACAGUUCAAUGAUGUUUUUGAUUUCAUUCACAACUAUUUCUAUGUGCACGACAGAAAGUAUUUUGAAGCUGUUGACCCUGGUGUGCAAUCUCCAAAUAAGCUGGACCACUGCAUCCCUUUCAAGAUUUUCAAAUAAUUUGAUUUGCAUUGAAUAUAAAAUUGUAACUCUGUUUAUUGGGAAUCGUUUUUAUUUUCGUUACAGCUACAAAAAUUUGCUUUUUCAUGCUCUCGAAGCUAUAAUUUGCUUUUUCAUGCUCUCUAUAAUUUAAAGAAACAAAUAUCUUUGUGUAUUAGAAGAAAAUGAAUAUUGGUGUGUAUAAAAUCCAUAUGUAUUAA